AUGGACUGGCAGAAUCCCAGUGAGACUGAUAGAGUGAUUCUCGGCGUUAUAAAACUCUCGGCCAAGACCAAGGGCUACUCUGUCCCUCCUCUGUUCAUCAACCCAGGUGGCCCUGGUGGUUCUGGCAUCAAAUCUUUGCAGACUAUGGGGUCCGAAGUUCAGACUGUCGCUGGUGACUAUCAUACACCUGUUGCUGAUGAACGCCCCGGUCUGAUUUACGAUGCCUACAGUCGCGCCAUUGCCUACUCAGGAGCUUGCAAGUCCGCUAUGAACGAGACAGGGAUUUUAAAUCAUCUUAGCACCGCCUCGUCCGCCAGGGAUCUCCUCGACCUGGUGGAGAAGACUGGCCAUAAGAAGCUACGAUAUUGGGGUUUCAGCUAUGGAACGGUGCUUGCCGGCAAUGUCGAUCUCGAGGGUUGGUUCACUCUCGACCAUGCGGGCUUCCUUCACGACGCGGACAACAUUCUCAAUGUCUUUGAUGAGGCAUGCCAUAAUGCUGGACCAUUCAAGUGUGCCCUCUGGGCGGCUUCGGCAGAUGCAAUCCGUGACCGCAGAGCGAGUAUUCUGGAAAGUCUCAAGGAUCACCCAGUGAUUUUGCCCGCUCACUCUACACAAUCUGGGCCUGAGCUGCCCCUGGUCAUCACCUACUCUGACGUUCAGCGAUACGUGCGAGUGGCGAUAUACAAACCCCUCGUUCAUGCGGAAGAUAUCGCACUUGUUUUUGCCGGAUUAGAGAAUAGGGAUGGUCUGCCAUUCUUUGAGUCACGGAAGGCUAUUGAAGGCGAUAAUAGUCCACUGUCCGAGCUCUUCUGUUCCGUCGACGAUACGCCUGCGAUGGAGCCUCUGGAGACCGGCUUCGAAGUAGAUGCCUUCCCAGCAAUCAUGUGCUCAGACAUUGGAGACUCAUACAAGUCAGUCGCACAAGCGGCUCAAUAUCUGGAGAAGCUGAGGGAAGCCAGCCGCUGGACCGGGGCAGCAAGCUUGAUGCUCCGCUUGCCUUGUGCGGGUUGGACGGUGCGGUCCAGUUGGCGACAUGUCCCUGAUUUACAAACGAAGCAGGCGACCAGCCAUCCUAUCUUAUUCCUCAACAACUUAUACGACAACGUCACGCCCAUAUACGGCGCUCGUCUCAACUCUGCCCACUAUAAUGGAUCCGUUGUGCUUCAGCAGAACUCUUUGGGUCAUUGUAGCUUUGCAGGGCCGUCUACGUGCACGGCGAAGCAUGUGCAACAAUAUCUCGAGAAAGGCGUGCUGCCUGAUGAGGGGAGCGAAUGCGACCAGGAUUACGAUCUGUUCCAGAAACCAUUGGAAGAUGAGUUCAUGGCACAAGACGAGCUCUCAUCCGCUCUUUGGCGGCUCUCGCAGGCUUCUCGCGAUGCAAUCCCAGCGGCAAAUUGGCCAGGCGCACGAUACAUCCACUCAAUGAUCCUUGCUCUUCUCGAGGGCAUGAUGCACCUUUUCGGGCAUCUUCAACCCAUGGUCGACAGCCUCUUUCACCUUGUGCUCAAUGUCGUGAUUGCCCUCGCCGUCACGUUCCUCGCCGUCGGCCUCAUUUUUGGCCUUCCAAUUUCCAGCGCCGCCCCGGCCUGA